AUGGCGACUGAACUGUUUGAGGACAUCUUUGAGGUGCGGCAGCUCAAUCCGGACGGCAAGAAAUUCGACAAAGUGACCCGCGUGGUGUGCAAGGGCGUGUCGUACGAACUGGAGUUGACGCUGGACAUUAAUUCCGACGUUUACCGUCUACGUCAGAAUGAGAAGUUUACGCUGGCACUUGUUAGUACACUCGAUCUCGAGGGGAAGCCGGACGACGGCACAUAUAAUCAGUCGGGCAAGCCGACGCUCUUGGACCGAUACGACUACGGCAUGUACGGCAAGGUGUUCCAGUACGACCACGAGGGCGGCAACAUGGUGGCUAUCUACGCUAGCUUUGGCGGUCUGCUCAUGUGUCUGCGUGGCGAGCAGCGCCACUUGCACAUGAUCCACAAUGACACACGAAUUUACUGCUUGCUCCGGAAACAAUAG